CCACGCUAUGUCCGGGUCAACACCCUGAAGACUUGUGUGGAUGAUGUGAUUGACUUCUUUAAGCGCCAGGGCUACUCCUACCUAGGCAAGGCAGCCAGUGUGGAGGAGCUGAGGGCCCUCUCUGGAAAGAAGUUCUUGUUGGAUCUUCAUCUCCCGGAGCUGCUGGUUUUCCCUCCGCAGACAGACUUCCAUGACAACCUGCUAUAUACUUCAGGACACAUAAUUCUGCAGGACAAGGCCAGCUGCCUCCCUGCCUUCCUCCUCAGCCCUGCUGCUGGCUCCCACGUCAUCGAUGCCUGUGCUGCCCCUGGGAACAAGACCAGCCACCUGGCUGCCCUCCUGAAGAACAAGGGCCAGAUCUUUGCCUUUGAUGUGGACCCCAAGCGUGUGGCCACCAUGAGCACCCUGCUGACACGGGCAGGGGUCACCAGCUGCCAGCUGGCCCAGCAGGACUUCCUGACUGUGGACCCUGGAGACGCCAAGUACAGCAGAGUGACCCACAUCCUCCUCGACCCAUCCUGCAGCGGCUCAGGGAUGGUGACUCGAGGGCCAGGGGAGGAGGCAGCUGCGAGUGCUGAGCGGCUGCAGGCGCUGUCAGGCUUCCAGCGCCGGGUGCUGAGCCAUGCCCUGAGCUUCCCAGCUCUCCAGCGCCUUGUCUACUCCACCUGCUCCCUGCACCGGGAGGAGAAUGAGGACGUGGUGCAGGCUGUGCUGCAGGAGCAGGGCUCAGCCUUCAGGCUGGUGACUGCCUUUCCCUCCUGGCCCUGCCGAGGACUCGCUGCCCUCCCUGGAGCUGAGUGCUGCCUCCGUGCCUCUCCCACAGAGACCCUCACCCAAGGCUUCUUUGUGGCUGUGCUGGAGCGCUGUGGGGCAGGGGCUGCUGCCCCCAGUAUGUUUGUGCAGUCCUAG